CCACUUUCCGAGAUGCGUGAAUCCGAAAAAUAUCGUAAAGAUUCGCGCUACAAAAAAUAUGUUCAACUUGUGGAAAAAACCCUACAAUCUUUUGAUAAGGAAGUCAACGAAUGGGCUGACUUCAUAUCUUUUUUGGGAAGGCUCUUAAAGGCUUUUCAAGCGUAUCCUCAGUAUCCCGUGAUACCUCGAAAGCUGGUUGUCGCGAAACGACUCUCCCAAUCGUUAAACCCGGCAUUACCACCUGGAGUUCAUCAAAAAGCAUUAGAGGUUUAUACUCAUAUUUUUAAAAGUAUAGGGACCGAUCAAUUAGCAGAGGAUCUUCCCGUUUACUCUCACGGUCUUUUCCCAUUUCUCCAAUAUGCUGCGAUGAAUGUGAAGCCACAAUUGUUAGAGAUAUACGAAGUGUAUUAUCUUCCACUACGUACGCGAUUACGUCCUGUCAUGAAAGCUCUGAUCACUGCGCUUUUACCUGGGCUCGAAGAAGAAGGCAGCGAAUCAUUUGACAAAGUUUUAUUUCUUUUUGAAGAAUUAUCAGGAACAGUAGAACAAUCAUAUUUUCUUCAGAGUUUAUGGCUUGUUCUGAUAACAACACCUUCUUUGCGAACUCCCGCAUUAAAUUAUUUGUCCCGUCAAAUGCCAAAAAUUGCAUCGAAAGAAGAUGUAGCUGUGAUGCUUGGUGAUGAUGUUGGAUUAAUG